AUGCCGGAUGCACCAGGCCGGAGGCCCUCAGAGGCGGAUGCGCAGGGCCAGGACUCAGCAACACCACCGCCAUCCUACAAACGACGUCGCAUAGCGCUAGCAUGCACCUCCUGCCGAAACCGAAAGUCGCGUUGCAAUGGCGCUAGGCCCGCCUGCAGCCUCUGCGUAGAGCUUGGAUUCGACUGCAUCUACCAGCAACCCGCUGCUGGCAACGUCAAGCCUGUCCAGCCUCCCUCCGACUACGAUGAGAGACUCCGGGCGAUCGAGGAGACCCUGCGACUUCUUGUCAACCAGAAGGUCACGUUUGCAGGGGAAGGGGAGCGUCCAGCGCAGUCGAGCCCCGACCGAAAUAGCUCCACCCACGAUGUUGCCACUUCUCUUCACCCACCACGACAGGCAUCCAACGAUGACGAAGAUGUCGCGAUCCUCGACGAGGGCGACUCGGUCCAGCCGAACGCGGAGGACUCCGUCGAUGGCAUGGCCGCCAUUACUGACCCAGAAGAGACAGAGUCGCGGUUCUUCGGUCCCUCAUCGAAUAUAGCAUUGCUGCGUCACAUUUCUGACGCGACAUCGGCCACUCUGAAGACGAUAGGUCAAUCUCGGCACUUAGAGAACGAGAUCAAUCAGUCGAUUGUGUCACGGGUAGCGUCUCCAGUCACCACCACCCUUUCUGAGACCAGUCCAAUAGCGCGACACCACAUCAACGUUCGCUCUCUCCCGGCAGAGGCCCGCGCACAACGCCUGAUCAAGCUGUUCUUCUCCGACACUGGGAUGCUCUUCCCUUAUAUCCACGAGCUGGACAUUCUCCGCACGUACUCUACAGCGCGACAGAAUCGCUUUACAGCCGUGGGUCGGUCUUGGCUGUGCCUGAUCAAUGUCAUCUUCGCCUUUGCGACAUACAUAUCUGCGAGGCCGGAUCAAUCAGCAGAGAAGAACGCGGCCGAAUCGGAGAUAUUCAUAGAGCGCGCACAGACCUUAUCUGCCGAGAUUGAGAUGAAGACAGCGAGUCUAGAGACAGUGCAAUGUUUGCUGUUGAUGGCACAGUACCGCCAAGGCACUCAGCGAUCCGACCAAGCCUGGAACCUCCAUGGACUCGCGGUCCGAGCUGCAAUCCAGCUGGGUUUACACUCACGUACAGCCGCCUCUGGACUGAGCCCGGUUGAAGCUGAGAUACGCAAGCGGACUUGGUUUGGGUGCAUGAUACUGGACAGGACGCUGAGCAUGACUUUUGGACGACCUUGUAUGAUGCCAAAUUGCAUUGUCAAACUUGAUCUACCUGUCAACCAAAGCCUGGAGAAGUUGACAAUGUUAGGACGCUCUAUUUCGGGGCCGAGCAACUUAGAUCCUCCAGAUACUGUCUGUUUCUUCACGGCGACGAUCCAAUUGUACUAUGUCCUGGGAGAUAUCAUUUCGGAGCUCUACGCGGACAACGUUGACGUCGAAGCUGGUCUGGCCAUCCCAACCAUCGUGGAAAGAACGGUCGUCCUCGAACAGAAACUCGCUGCGUGGAAGCACAGACUCCUGCCGCAACUGCAGCGGAGGCCGUGGGAUACUCUGGACCCUGACGGUGUGUCGGUGUCCACCUGGGAUCCGGUCUUCGACAGACUCAGUGUCAUCUUGACGCUCCGCUAUCUCAACACUCGCAUCCUCCUCCACAGGCCGAUUCUGAGUGCCUUCCUCCGGCAAAGAAGCGGCCCGAGGCCGGCUGAAUCGCUGGCACGCGAAGACCCUUUCUUCAACGACCUCGGCGACAGAAGCGUCCGGAUUUGCCAGCAAUCGGCCAUGGAGAUCGUGGACAUCGUAUACAAGACAAGCAGGCCGCCGGCGCUCCUAGGCGCCUGGUGGUUCACAGCAUACUACACCUUUAACGCCGCACUGGUGAUAUUCAGCUGUAUCCUGUUGGAGCUCACCAGCUCCCACCCAGAGACGUUACAUGGUUCAUACACGAUCGCCACUCAAUCGCCGGAUCCGACCAAGUUUGUGGAAAUGAUCAUCCGACUCCGACGCGCAAUGGAAGCUCUCAAGCGGUUCGGCGAAGGCACCAAGUCCGCAAAGCGGAUCAGAAAGACCCUUUUGAAGCUCAUGCAAAUAUGCAUGACGCUCGUGCAGAGAAACCCAGAGCUUGGGCCGGUCGCAAUAUCGGCCUUAGCCACCAGCCAGCAGGGGGAAUCGGCACAGGGCAACGGCCAAAACGGCGCCCAGAUGCAGCGUCAGGGUGUCGUGGAAGGUUCUGUCCCCAACAACGGCAUGAUGCAAAAUCUCGGUCCAGACGACCCGUUCGCAUUCUAUGAUAUGGGCAUGCAGCCGUACUGGGCGGACAACAGCCUUGAUUUGUUCGCCGAUCUCGUCGGCGUGGAGCCAGGCUUGACGGCCAUGAUGGCUGGAUGA